AUGUUUUGGGAUGUCCGUCGCGGCGUUAUGGCAUCCCUGCCAUCGCAGGACGUGAUGACAUCCCACAGCCAGGACGACGUGAUCGCCUUCAACCCCCCCGACCGCAUCAGACCGUCACAGCGGACGCCUCACAGCAGCCACCCGCCCUGUGUGUCGCCUCGCCUCGCCAAUCCACCCAAACUCGUUCCCCCUGUCAUCCCCACCGCACUCCGUGCGCGUCUCAAUUCCGCCGCCAUGGCGACGGCGGCCUUCCCCGCGCUUUCCUCCACUGUGGCUCCUGCGCCCUCCGCCAUUUGGUCCGCCAACCUUACCGCGCCGUAUCCGACGAACGCGCCGUGGCAGAACUUCGUGCUGGGGCAGGGCAGCAACCCCGAGCUCGUGACGCCGUACGUGGUGCAGAGCGCGGAGGGGCGCAUCGCGUGGGGGCUGCCGGUGCGCGACGCGCAACCCGGGUACAUCGUGCAGGCGUUCGUCACCGCCCUCAUGCUCUCCACGCUGCAGGGCCUCCCCCCCCACCAGCUCUCCGCCUAUGACGACCUCUCCGCCACCCUCUCCUUCCGCCAACCCUCCUCCGCGCCAUCCGAUCCCCCCGCGCUCGAGGUCCCCCUGGUGCGCGGGUCGCCCUUCCUCACGUUCAUAUUCCCCCCGGGCGGGGCCCCCAUGACGCCCGUGCUGACGACGAUCCAUGCCAUCACGGGCGUGGAGGGAAGCGGCGACAGCAGCAAGUACCGAGUUGCGCUCAACAACGGCCAGGUCUGCCCUCCGCGCCAACCGCAGCAAGGCUGUCCCAACAACGCCAUUCCCACAUGGCUGGUGUAUCUGUCGUCGCCACUGGCGAUGCGGCAGGACGGGGCGACCUUAGUGGCAGAUGCUCCCUUCACGGGGACCAUGCGCGUGGGGCUGCUGCCGGGCUCCUCCCCACAGGACGAGGAGGCGCUGCUGGAUGCGCACGUGCCCACGGUGCCGGUGGGGAUGAGCGCGCACGUGGGCGCGAGCCGCCUAAUGGCGACACCGAGGCGCCGCUUCUCAUGCUCUCACUGCCAAGUGAUGCACCGGCGCAUGGAGGUGAGCGCGCACAGCCCCUCCCCUGCCUCCGCCCUCCGCCGUCGCCGCAGCGGCUCCCCGUCCGGUGUCAUGGGCACCAUCCGCGGCCACCACAACCCCAUGGCUGCCACCCCCUCCCACGCACGCGGCAAUGCGCUGUGGUCAUCCGUGCGAGCUGCGUCGGGCCCAGAUGCAUCAGUGCUGGCAUACCCCACCAUCGACGGCCACGCGGUGGCCAUGCAGGGGGCUGUGUGGCGCCUCAACGUGGCCAAACGACCGUCCACGUGGUGCGCGGGGCCCCUCACGUCCGACGCACAGCUGCUGGACGAGCUGAGGGGCAGCCUGAAGCAGGACGUGGCUGCGCUGCCGCCCCUCUCCUCCACCUCCACCUACUCCUUCGGCAAGGCAGCGGUGCGCGCCGCCCGCCUGGCGCUGAUCGCGAAGCAGGUGCGAGAUGAUGACAGCCUGGCCGCCGUGCUAUCGCCCCUGCGGACCGCGCUCUCGGCAUGGCUGGAUGGCACGUUCCCUGGUAACCGCCUGCUGUACGAUCACACGUGGGGUGGUGUGGUGAGUGAGGCGGGGUCGCGCGACCAUGGGGCGGAGUUUGGAGCAGGCAUGUACAACGACCACCACUUCCACUACGGCUACUUCAUCUACGCCGCUGCCACCAUUGCCAAGUUGGACCCCGCGUGGCGCGACCAGUACCGUGCGCCGCUCAACGACCUCAUGGCGGACUACAUGUCGCCGCAGCGCACCGCGGCGUUCCCAAGGCUGCGGCACUUUGACGCGUACACGCUGCACUCGUGGGCCAGCGGGCUGUUUGAAUUCGGCGACGGGCGCAACCAGGAGAGCUUCAGCGAGGCGGCCAACGCUUACUACGCGGCGGGGGCGCUGCUGGCCUCCGUGCUGGGUGACCAGCCGCUCGCCACGCUGGGCGCCACGCUGGCCGCCGUGGAGGCCCUCGCUGGGCAGACCCUCAUGCACGUGCCGCUCGCCCCGUCUACUCCGGAUCCGUCCCUCUCACCCGGCUAUGAGGCUGUGUUUGCGAACAGCAACCGCGUGGUGGGCGUGCUGUGGUCCACCAAGCGUGACGCGGCGCUGUGGUUCGCCCCGCCGGCGGACAUGGAGAAGCGGGUGGGCAUCCAGGUGCUGCCCGUCUCGCCCUUCCUCACCCACCUCUUCCCCGACCACGAGUUCGCCAAGCAGCUCGUGGAGUGGGCGCAACCCGUGCUGAGCGGCGCCGCCACGGACGAGUGGCGCGGCUUUGCGUGGGCGCUGCAGGCAUUGUACGACCUGCAGGGGGCCAGGGUGAACAUUGCUGCUCUAACGGCGUUUGAUGAUGGCAACUCCAGGACCAAUAUGCUCUGCCUAUGCACGCACCAAGUGUCCCUCCCCCUCUUGCAUCCUCCUCAUCUUCCAUCCAUCACCCUCCCAUCCACUCCCCCACCAUCUCAACCAGGCCGCACCUCUCCAUUCCUUCCACAUCACGUGCACCACAGCUGCCUAUUGCUACCCAAGACCUCCUCCACGCCCCUUGUGCUGCUCUCUUUCCCCCUCGCUCCAACCUCCACUCCCUCUUUCCCCCACCUCUCCUCCUCGCUGGCGGAUGGUUAA